CUGGAAAGUAGGCUACUUGGAAAAACGUCGGAUCUGUUUCCUGUGAAUCCAACUGAGCUCAUUUUAUCGCCGUUGGCCGGUAGCGACGGCAAAGGAAAGGAGUGCACAUUUUUCACAUUUUAGUAUAUAAAAGUUACGCAGUUAAACAAUUAAGUCAGUGCUUUCAAUCAAGCAACACAUUUAACCAUGUGGGUUGUGAGAUCACAGUUCUGUGAAAUAAGUAUGCAGCUGUGCUUGAACUGAUGUCGUCAGAGACGCUGAAAUGCAAAGCAAUUCUCAGAACACAAUUCCUGGAACUUCUGUCAACUCGUAAAGCCAAACCCACUGAGCUUUUCUUCCUCUGUUUUCGCAAAUACUGUAAAACAUAUUUUCUUCAUCACUUCAAAGACUAGGCUCCGCGUCUGACUGUUCCUUAAUACUUUGUAGUUUUCCUUGAGAGGGAAGUCACGGUCACGGCUUUAUGAUUUUCGCAUUUGUACGGUAUAUUGGACUUCAUCAAGACAGCCAUAUUCGCUUUAUCGUUGCGGAUAUUAAAAAUCGAAUACAUUAAAAAAAAAAUCUUUUUUUUUUCUGUGAAACAACAAAACAUUAAGUGCUCUCGGUAAAUUAAAAUUUCUGUUUUUCGGUCAUUUAACUAGAUAGCUUUCGAUAUUGUUGGUUCUUUUUUCUUUCUCAAGCUUUUGGGCUUAUAAAAAAAGAGCAGAGAAUACAACCUCAAGACUGGACAACCUCUGGGAAUUCUCUAUUUGUGAUGAUUCUCUGUGUACAAGGCCCCAGGGCAGUGCUGCCUGUUCCAGCCACUGAGGUGGUUCCAUUUACAAUGCGGACCGACACACACCUUGGAUUCUCCUCACCCACUGCCCCCUGCUGCCUCCAUAGCCCUCCCAAGUUGUGGGACCCCACAGAAGACUUGCGUGCCAUUGCUCGGACCUUCCACUACCUUGAUAUCUCAGGAUGGUACUGGGGUGCCAUUACAGCAACUGAAGCACAGUCAGUCCUUCAGGAGGCACAGGAGGGGACCUUUUUGAUUCGAGACAGCAGCCACCCCUUGUACAUGCUGACUCUGUCUGUGAAGACAGGACGUGGCCCAACCAAUGUACGAAUUGAGUACAGCCACGGACGUUUCCGUCUGGACUCCAGCUCUCUGGCAAAACCUCGGCUGCUAGCAUUCCCAGAUGUGGCCAGCCUUGUGCAGCACUAUGUAGGGUCAAGCCAGGGUGAGGUGAGGUGCAAAGAGGACCAACCAAUGCCCAAGGGUAGUGCGUUGCUUCUGAAACUGGCUCGGCCACUCCACCGUAGCAAGUCCUGCCCUUCUCUACAGCACCUCACACGGCUCACAAUUAACCGCCUUACCCGCUAUCCCGACCAGCUUCCCCUGCCACGUCCUCUACAACGCUACCUGCAAGAUUACCCCUUUCAUCUUUGAAACAUCCAGCACCCCCUGGGGGACAUGGUAGCUCCCAGCACACCUGACCCUGUGAUUGGAUAAGGAUCUGGCACAGUGAGCUUCUGGUAUGAGUACCAUGUGAUAUACUUACAUUACCACUGGAAGGUUUUAGCACUGAGCUGAAUGGGGGUUGGGGGGGAAUAUGAUAGUCCUGUCACAGAGAACAUGCUGUACAAAUUCAGGUUUGAUCAGAUGAUCAUAUUCUGGACACUGUUCCCUGCCUAGGACCGGGUAGCAUGUCAUCGAUGUGUUGCUCCAGGUCUAGUUUGUCCCCAAAAUUAGUCAGUCAAGAAGGCUUACCCCCUCACACUCAUAAAGCCUGCAGGACCAGUGAUCUGCUCCUGUUUGCUCCUGGAUUGAACCAGUUUGUUUGUAUGGAAUUUUUUAUCAACACUUUUUUAUCAACCUGAAUUCAUGUGAUUAUUUCACAAUGUGGCUGUUUGUAUACAGUAAUAAAAUAUAUAUUUUCUAGAAAAAAUGGCAAA